GUGACCCAACAGUCAACCCCUGAAAAAGGCGGUCACAAAACCCCCAGGCGACGAAGAUGAUGGCACGUCGGGACCCCAAAUCUUGGGCCAAGAGACUGGUGAGAGCCCAGACCCUCCAGAAGCAGCGGAGGGCCCCAGUUGGGCCAAGGGCUCCCCCGCCCGAUGAAGAAGAUCCCAGGCUCAAGUGCAAAAACUGCGGGGCCUUUGGCCACACGGCCAGAAGUACCAGGUGCCCCAUGAAGUGCUGGAAGGCAGCCCUGGUUCCAGCGACCUUGGGGAAAAAGGAAGGGAAGGAAAACCUGAAACCAUGGAAGCCCCAGGUUGAAGCCAACCCGGGGCCCUUGAACAAGGAUAAGGGAGAGAAGGAAGAGAGACCAAGGCAACAAGACCCGCAGAGGAAGGCUCUCCUCCACAUAUUUUCUGGGAAACCUCCAGAGAAGCCGCUGCCGAAUCGAAAAGGAUCCACGGAAUCUUCUGAUUAUCUGAGGGUUGCAAGCGGGCCAAUGCCGGUCCACACAACCAGUAAGAGGCCGCGCCUGGGCCCUGUCCUCGCUGAUCGCUCAGCUACCGAAACGUCUGACAGGGGCUCCGUCUUGGCUUCGCCGUCUCCCCUCAGAAAAGCCAGUCUGAGCUCCUCCUCAAGUCUUGGACCAAAGGAAAGACAGACAGGGGCUGCGGCCGACAUCCCUCAGCCUGCAGUCAGGCAGCAGGGCCCCGAGCCUCUCCUCGUGGUGAAGCCGACACACAGCAGCCCUGAGGGUGGCUGCCGAGAAGUUCCCCAGGCUGCCUCCAAAACCCACGGCCUGCUCCAGGCCAUCAGACCCCAGGCACAGGACAAACGUCCUGCGGUGACCUCACAGCCCUGCCCGCCAGCCGCCACACACAGCUUGGGCCUAGGCUCCAAUCUCAGCUUCGGGCCAGGAGCCAAGAGACCUGCCCAGGCUCGGAUUCAGGCUUGCCUGAACUUCCCCAAGAAACCGAGACUGGGUCCCUUCCAGAUCCCCGAAAGCGCCAUCCAGGGAGGUGAGCUGGGGGCCCCGGAGAAUCUCCAACCUCCGCCAGCCGCAACCGAACUUGGACCAAGUACGUCGCCCCAGAUGGGCAGGAGGACACCCGCCCAGGUGCCCAGCGUCGACCGGCAGCCUCCGCACAGCAGACCUUGCCUGCCUACUGCCCAGGCCUGCACCAUGUCCCAUCACCCAGCGGCCAGCCAUGAUGGGGCCCAGCCUCUCACAGUGCUCUUCCGGAGACUGGAAAACGGACGCUGGAGCUCCAGCCUCCUGGCGGCCCCCUCAUUUCACUCUCCUGAGAAGCCGGGAGCCUUCCUCGCUCAGAGCCCUCAUGUGUCAGAGAAGUCUGAGGGUCCCCGUGUUCGUGUCCCACCGAGCGUCCUCUAUGAGGACCUUCAGGUUUCCUCCUCCUCAGAGGACAGCGAUUCUGACCUGGAGUGAGACUGCAGGUGGCAGGGGCUCCUUGGCCUCCAGCUCCCGUGACUUGGAGGGGACUGUGGGACUGAGGAGUGCAGAGCAGAGAGCAGACUCUGUGCGGUGACUCCGAAGCUCCCCGGCUGUGGCGCUUCUGUGGAUGUGGGAGCCCAGGCCAGGCAGGGAGCAGAUGCAGGGACUCUGCCUCAUUGAAUUCUGGUGAGGGACGUUGUAGUUCGCGUGGUUCUCCGGAAACGCGCCAGGAAAAGCUUCCGUGCCAGAGAUUCGUUGCCUCAGAAACUGCGUGACGCGCAGGAGUCAGACUUCCGCUGGGACGUCAAUAGGAAACUGGGGAAUUACUGUGUAUUUGCUCUCUAGAUGACUGAAUAAGGGAAAAGUUAGGGAACCCUGAGAGGUGCAGCCCUUCCGCUGUGCCCCGCCCUGAGAGCAGUGUUUCGGACGCUGGGAAGCGUGCUGUGCAGAGCGCUCUCGGGGUCUUUCCUCAGCCUCGAAAACUGGGCUGUGGAAUGCCUUUGUACAUGUGUGUGUUUAAUUGGUUUUGAAGUGAAUAAAAUUCUC